GCGGGUCGGGGGACAAUGCAAUAAGACCCACUGAGUCCAAUGGCCAUCGCUUGCCGCCAUCCUCCUUGCAUGCUGCCUUCCACUCCUCCUCCUCCUUCUCCUCCUACACCAUCCUCGACAUGAACACUGGUUCUGUUCUCUACGAGCCCUCUCUUUCUCCUGCAAUCUUGUCACGUCCUUCCAGCGCAAUGCAUGACGAUCAUUCAAUGGGCCGCUUACACUCUCAGUACAACAAUUAUAGCACUCCGCCCCCUCACAACCCCUCUCGUCCUCCUGCAAAUGGCAGACACUCAUAUUCUCAUCAGCCAUUCCCUUUGAACCCUUCCCCUCGUCAUUUCCUCUAUCCGCCGUACGCUCAGAGCCCACCCCCACCCAUAUCGCUUAGGUCUACCGCUCGACACCCUCCUCCGCCAAUGCUCGAUGAUCCCGCUUUCUCUUCCGAUCCUAGAGCAAACCCUCACUUUGCUAUGACUAUCGGAGAGCAGAUCAUCCCUCUUAAUUCGCCCGCCGCGAAUCUUCAAAAUGCAUCUCCUCUACCGCAAGAUACACUCUAUCGUCAUUCGUUAGAGGGAUCCACGCGUGCCCAUGACGCUAACUCCCGAAACGCACCUAAUCCUCCUGCACCCUACCAGCCCUUUGCUCAGAAAAUCACCUCUUCCACACCUCCUAGACUACAACCUCGUGUUGAGCCUCUUUACAUUCCGGAUGAUGCAUUCUCCUCUCCUCCAGCCUUUCAACAGCCACCAGUGUCAAUGGCUAAGCUCAAGCGUCAUCAAGCGUACUUGAAGCGCGACCCGCCACCGCUACCGCCAUAUGAGCCAUAUGUCAAUGAUAACUCUUCAAAUUCGAGCUGUUCAUCAUCAUCGCAUUCUAGUGGUAGCUCCGUCCUUCUUACACCGACUUCAUCGACAGCGUCCCUUCCGAAACCGCGUUCUCGACUGCGAGUGGUCAAUCCUGAGGAAGAUGACCGGUCUAUCGCCGUGACUCUACCACCUGAGUAUUACUCCAAACCGGCGGAUGCAAUUAACGGCGAUCGACCACCGGUUCUUGCAAAUACAUCUGCACCUGAGCUUCGUCCACCUCCUGCACCGGCAACCGAUGUUCCUCCGCGCCCGGCUACCGUACCUGUGCCGCCCUUACCAGGAAGUACUCUGAAUGCUAAUCUGACCACGAGCGCGGAUAUGAAUGCAGCUGCUAACAAUCAUCCUGUUGCCCCCGAGAUGCGCAGACAACGUAGUCGGAAGACCAGCGUUGCUGCCCCUCCAAAGGAUCUCGACAGAAUUGACGAAUUGGAUGAGACGGAUCCGUUAGGGUAUGCAUGGCAUCACGAUGGGCGGUAUGAAGCGGCCUUACAGGCUAUCAAGAAUGGUGCUCUUAGCGAGGGGAUUGGUGCGGGCGUUGGUGCAGGCGGCGGAAAGGCGAUGAAUCAGGAUGGCAAGAAGUCUUCUCAAAGAAACCCUUCUGCACCGGUCGACCCCAGCACCACCUCCUUCAAUGUAUCUCCUGGAGAGAUAUUUCCCUCAUUCAAUGCUCAACCUAAGCCACCCAAAUCUAAGCAACAGCAGUUUCCUACACCUAUUCAACGUCCUUCUCGUCAAGGUCCAUUAUACAACCAGCAGCAAUCUUUAGGAGCACCGCCCGCACAAUCUGUACCUUUCCCUCAGCCUCAUCUCCAUUCUCAAUCUCAGGUUCAAUCUCAGUCUCAGUUUAGAGUUCAGGAUGCUGUGCUUCAGCCUAUUCCCUCUUCUUUGAACCCAGGAGGCCUCAAUACCGCUCCCCGCGAUACCAAUUCGUCCGGAGUUUCACAACCUCUAUCGCAACAGAUACCGUCGCAACAGCAGCGACGUAAUUCCAGUUUCCUUACUGUACUCCAAACUAAUGCCGAAGAUGACUCUGAAUUGGCCUACACGCUACCUUCUCCCAGCCGGAGCCCCAUGCCCAAUCCUUACGAGCAACAGGCCAGCCAACCUAUUCCUCAGCAAUCUUCACGACUGCGCAGGCAUAAAGUGCCCGUGACUGAACCCGCUCCUGGCUUUGAUUCUGAACAGAAAAACUUGGCAUCUGGUAUGAUGCCUCCGUCCCGGGUACGGUUCCAGGACCAGGCGGAUUACGAAAAUUUCGGACCCGUUGCGUCCCAGCAGGACCCCCGGUACCCACCGCGUCGUAUGCCCUCCCCGCAGCCUCCCAAUAAUCAGCCGUUCUUGCGACCGCAAGACGAGGUCAACAGGAAUUCGGCCCUGUACAGGUCAUCGUCCGCACCUAAUGCACCUCCAGCGGCACAUAUACCACCCCCUGGUCCUCGACCACAGCAAUACCCUUCCCAGGAAUACCCAGAUACUCAGCCACAACAGGCGCCGAUUCCCCGGCCAGACAUUAUACUGCCUCCGAGACAUGCACCGAAACAAGGCCCUGCUCCGCAUUACCUUCCGAAGAAAUUGGUUAUGCCAACGCCAUUGCAGCCGCAACAGCCCACGUUUCCUCCUACGCGACCACCGGGUACGGGGAUGUAUGGAGAAAGCACGAGUACGACGAAUUCUGGUUCAAGUGGCAAUUCCACUAAUGCCCCUGGGAAUGAAUUUGGCCGAGGACACGGACAUUCGCAAUCGCUUUCGGUCUCUGCUGUUGCUGCGCCGGCGCAACAAAAGAAGGCUAAAGAGAUCCCUAUUAGUCAGGGCAGAAACGUGUUGCGAAAACGUACGACAGUCGCUGGGCCUGCAAUCGCACCGAUUGCGCCGCCGGUCUCAGCUGGCCCUCUUGGUGCGGGUGUGGGAAGCGAGGGAUAUGUCCCUUCGUCGAAUGCGACUGCGGCUUUGUUUGCGUCGAAGGUCUCCGUCGGUCCUCCUGCUGCACCCGUUGGUGCGGAUGCGUGGGAUGGAAAGAAAAUUCGGGAGAAGGAGAAGGAGGACAAGUUCAGGGAGAAGGAGCGCAUCAGAGAGAUUGAACGACAAAGAGAGAAGGAGAAGCCUACUGGAAGGAAGUUGAGCAAGCGGCGGUAAGCGUUCCCGCUAUCUUUCAGCUUUCGUAGUGGGCUUUUUCUCUGGACGUUUCUUUUUCUUUGCAUAAUGGACUUGUUUUCAUGACCUUUUAUGAUUUUCAAGUUUACGACUUGAGCUUGAACCUUGAUGGUUACUAGUUUUGCAUCUCAGGUUAUUGUAUAAGUAUGCUGCAUUUUCUCGCUCUGCUCGUUGAUUGCUUAAUCUUUUCCUUGUUUUUUACUCUUGGGUUCGACGCUCAUACAUCGCGCAUUUCUUAGCUCAUAGGUCCCCUUUUUCUUUUUUUUGCUUAUACACAAUUGUCAUAUAUACACACACAUACACAUGGAUAGGGAUCUUGUAAAAUUUGGACUCUUUCUCGCAUAUCAUUUUUUUUUGGUUCGUUUGCUGUAUCUACCACGACAUGAUGAUCACCAUAUGAUACAUAUACCUUCAGUACACAUUUAUGACAGCGUUCCAUGAUGUUCCGAACUUCCAAACUGGCAGUCGCACGUUCGCAGGGCGGGACAUCGCAUUAAGCUGAAGUG